CAAAAAGUUACAAACUCCAGGCAGAGGAAGUUCGUAUCGAUGUUGACUCGAAGUUUGAGUCGAACUUGUUAAUUGAACUUCAAUUAAUUCAGGGGGAGAAUGAGUGGGCGUGUCGGAGACUUAAGUCCAAAGCAGGAGGAGACCUUGAAAUUGUUCCGGGAGAAAGUGUCUGAUAUUCUUCCGCAAAUUGAGGAUGACGAUCACAAUCUUCUUCGCUGGCUUCGAGCCAGGUCCUUCAAUCUUGAAAAGGCUGACAGUAUGUUGCGCAAUCAUGUGAAUUUCUGCAAAGAAUGGAACAUUGAUUACAUCAGGAAUGAAUGGAAAGCUCCUGAGGUCUUGGAGAAAUACAUGAUCGGGGGUCUAUUUGGAGAGGACAAAGAGGGCAGACCUGUGUACUACGAAGCUUACGGCAGAAUCGACUGUAAAGGUAUCAUCUAUUCUAGUACCCAGGCGGACAUCAUGAAGAACGAACUACGGACAUGUGAAGCUAUCUUACAGAGAUUCAGGGAACAGACGGAAAAGCAUGGUCGUAGAAUCGACGAUCUGACCAUGAUCCUUGACCUGGAUCAGGUGGGCGUUGGACACCUAUGGAUGCCCUUCCUUAAUGUCUACUUUGAGGUACUCAACCAGUUUGAAGCCAACUAUCCAGAGACACUCAAACGGUGUAUUGUCAUCAAUGCUCCCUCCAUGGUGUCCGUUGGUUACAACCUCUUCAAGCCAUUUCUCAGUGUUGAUACAAGAUCCAAAGUCAAAUUUUGUGGAGGUAAUUACCAAAGUAAACUACUGGAGUUUAUUAACCCAGACCAGUUACCAAAGCAUUAUGGAGGCACAGCUGUACAUGAUGGGGACCCAAAGUGUAGUGCAAAGAUUCGAUCUGGAGGAAAGAUACCCAAGUCCUACUACUUGAAAGAGCAGCAUUUAUCGGGCUCCAGUAACCUUAAGAAGGUUACCGUAGGGUACGGUGCUAAGCUGGAACUACCAUUUGAGGUGACUGAACCGUCCUCUGGCCUUCGCUGGGAGUUUCUGACAGAAAAAGACGACAUUGGAUUCGGAGUCUACCGUAAGGAAACCUCACCAGACGGCAAAAGCAAAUUGGUUGAAGUCAUCGCAACUUCUCGUUUCUCAUGCCAUAUGGUUCCAGAAAGUGGCGUUAUGGAAUGUGACCAAGUUGGAACAUAUGUUGCCGUCUUUGACAACAGCUUCAGCUGGGUCAAGAGCAAGAAGCUGCACUACUCAGUGGACAUCCUCCCCCCGGAUACACAAAGUACAUCUGACCUAUAGCUGGGGCAAUGCAGUCAGGCAGGGGGGACUCUUCAAUGUGAUGAACUUCCUCCCUCUGUUAAAACUCCUACGCACAAUAAUUGUAUAAAGCUAUUAAAGGAGAAAGGUUUGCUAAACACAAGUGUUAGCAGGGAACCGGGCACAGUACAAAAAAAAGUAUUCAUUAGCUGGUUACCCAUAUAUUUUAAGCAAAAACAAUUCUGUGCUAAGCAAAUUGUUAUGCUUUGUCUCAAUUUUCCACAACAAAUUAUCUAUUUAUAUGCAUUUAUUUUCAGAUGGAUGGAUUUGUACUUGCAUUGUUAUGUCAUAUCUGAUAAAAAGAACUGCUGACAAGCUAGAUGCGUUUUGCUAGUUUGCUUAUUAUGGUUUAGCAGUGUGAAAUAUGGUUGGGUUUAGAAAGAAUGUCUGUUUACAUUUUUUUUAAAUAAGGCCCAUGACCUUGUUAAGUUACUCGGCACAAAAAUUACUUAGCAUAUAUAUUACCAGCAAAAAUACAGUUUAAUGUAUAGUUUGUGACAUGGUUCCUUGAAAAUGUUUGCUUAGAAGAAAAAUCAUGGCACUAUUUUCAAAGGGAUAGCUUAAUAGAAUUGGACCUUACACUUCCGUAUUAUACUACAGUGUAUCUGUGUACAGAGAAAGAGUCCUAUAUAGGGCUAAAUUGGACCCAGCUAGUUUGCACAAAAAUGUGCUAAACACAGACAAAUGUUGCAGCUUAAUAAAUUUGGGCCUAACUGUUUCUCAAAAACUACAGUAUUUCAAGCAAAGAAGCACUUAUGGGGAAGUUUUUCAUUAUUUUUUAUACAUGUGAACUUUAUGAAUUAUAUUUCAUAUAAACUUUUUGUUUCUAAUAAAGAGGAUAUUUAAGCCUAUUUUAAUAUUCACAUUAGAAAAAAAGUCACCUUUAAAAAAAAUUUUAAGCUGUAAUAUUGAUGAAAAGAAAAUGUAUGUUUAUGGUUACAAAAGUAGUGCUAUACAAGUUUGUACAUAGUUUAAUUUUCAAAAACAGUAUUGGUGUAUGAUCAGUUCA